GGUAAUGUAAUGCACCUUUCACAUUAAUAAGCAGAUAUAAUUCCUCUGCAUAGCUUCUCACAAAUGCUAAUGUCAGAGAAAAUUGUGUGUCGAUUGUAUAUAUGAUCAUGGAGUUGAUAUUAAACAAACAGUUCCCAUAGAUAAAUUUAAAGAGAAGGCUUUCCAACAAUUAAAGGAUCUCAAGCCUGCUAAUACAUCUGAGAUUUCUAAGUAAAGAUUGGCUUUUAAAUCCCUUGUCUCACAAACUGAAAUGAUGCUUAAGAAAAUUUGGGAAGAGUUGUCUGAAUCAAUUAAAAAAACAUUAGAUUGGAUUGACAAAGAUAAUGAAUAAUACACAAACCUUAUUAGUGAGAAUACAAAUUUAGCUGAAUCCUCCUAUACCGAUUUAGAAAAACUAGUCUCCAUUGUCUAAGGGAAUACUAACUUAAAUUCUUAAAGGACUUCUUAAAUCAUGGAGUUAGAAAAGAUAAAGAGAUAGUGGGACCAAGACAUUCAGGCUUUUAUCUCAAAGUAGAAGGAAAUAAUAAAAUUAAUCUCAUCUAUAAUAAAGUAUAAGAAGAUUAUUAAUGUAUAAUAGGACUCAAUCUAAUACAUAAGGUGGAACAAAUAAUUAAUAUAAAGAAGCUCCAAAAGAGUUACCUAUCAAAUAAUAAGGCGGAAGGAAUAUAAUUGCGUCAAAUUUUGAUUGGAAAAACUAGAAAGUAUAAGAACUCAAGAAAUUCGAUGGUCAUUCAUCUUAUGUCAUAUCAGUUUGUUUCUCUCCUGAUGGUACUACCCUAGCAUCAGGUAGUUAUGAUAAGUCUAUACGUUUAUGGGAUCUUAAAACAGGAUAGUAAAAAGCCAAAUUAGAUGGUCAUUUAUCUUCAGUCGACUCAGUCUGUUUCUCUCCUGAUGGAGCUACCCUUGCAUCAGGUAGUAAUGAUAACUCUAUACGUUUAUGGGAUCUUAAAACAAGCUAGUAAAAAGCCAAAUUAGAUCAUUCAGGAAGAGUCUGGUCAGUCUGUUUUUCUCCAGAUGGUACUGCCCUUGCAUCAGGUAGCGGUGAUAACUCUAUAUGUUUAUGGGAUCUUAAAGAAAACUAGUAUAAAGCCAAAUUAAAUGGUCAUACUAAUUCGGUUCAAUCAGUCUGUUUCUCUCCUGAUGGUACUAUCCUUGCAUCAGGUAGUUAUGAUAACUCUAUACGUAUAUGGGAUCUUAAAACAGGAUAAAAAAAAACCAAAUUAGAUGGUCAUUCAUCUUAUGUCUAAUCAAUCUGUUUCUCUCCUGAUGGUACUAUUGUUGCAUCAGGUAGUCAAGAUAAAUCUAUACGUUUAUGGGAUCAUAAAACAGGAUAAUAAAAAGCCAAAUUGGAUGGUCAUUCAUCUCGUGUUAAUUCAGUCUGUUUCUCUCUUGAUGGUAGUUGUUUAGCAUCAGGUAGUUUGGAUUGUUCAAUACGUUUAUGGGAUCUUAAAACAGGAUAAUAAAAAGCAAAAUUAGAUGGUCAUUCUAGAGAAGUCAUGUCAGUUUGUUUCUCUCCUGAUGGUACUGCCCUUGCAUCAAGUAGUGAAGAUAAGUCUAUACGUUUAUGGGGAGCUAAAUAGGAUAAAUGAAUAAGAUGAUUUAUAUUAUUAAAUAAGGAG